CGUACUCAUGCAGUUUACUGAUGAUUUGCAUCAUCAUWACGUAAUUUAUAUCGACUGUCCAAUAAUCCAAUAUCGACUGUAUCUAAAAUACUAGGACAACUCGUAAAACGAUAGUAAAUGAUCAAUGAAYGAAUAAAUAUGAAAUAGAAAUGUCCGACCGAUCAUUAAAAAAAAGGUAUAUAUAUCCAGCGGUUUGACUUUUGAGCCAAGGAGAUCAACCCCUUGAGAAUGCAGUUACCUGAGGUGACCACAUUUAUACCGCCAUAAGAAYCCAACUUUGCGCUCCCACAGUACCCAUGGUAACCAAAGAAGGUCAGGGCCCCAUCAUGGCAAGGGCUGAUAAAUAUGCACUGUUAUAUCAGAAGAGCAAACGGUAAAGAUCCAUCAAAUCUAUCUUUAUCUGGACUCUGUUUGUCGUUGAACUAAAUGUACAAAGUCAAACCUGCCAGGAACCGACAGCAAGUCCUGUGUUGUCUCAUCCUCAUCCUCUUGCCGUGUUGUUAUUCGUCUGGAAAACUUUCAAUACAACUGCUGGACUACACGAACGCUGCCUCACGUGCAUAUGAUGRUGGUUGCUGUGACAACGUACGUUUCUGUGUCAGCUCUUGUGACAAUUUCUUCAUACUUUGUCUGGCUGGUGUAGGAGAGACUGAUAAAUGUUCGCUGUACCGACGAGAUACUCAAGUAACAAGUAGUGACAGGUUUUCAUUCUCUACCUCGUUGGGCAAUGGCUUAAGAAAUCCAGUUAUUUAUAACUUCACUUUGUGGCAGCCUCUAAAGUUCAGUGUUGAAGUAUGGGACGACGACAGCUCCAACUUUGUUGGGAAAGACAGUGAUUUGAUUGAUCGUUACACCGUGAAUAUUCUAUACUCACCGUCACCAAACAUGMCGGAUGCGCCAGAGUACAGGCACAGAUUGACAGGACGCCAAUCAGCUAUSAACAUCAAGGUCAAGGUUUAUUGUGAUGACUUCUACUUUGCACCUAAUUGUACAACAUAUUGCAAGGCACGUGACGAUAGUAAAGGUCAUUACACCUGCGACUAUUCCCGAGGUCGCAAAAUCUGCCGGGAAGGAUGGUAUGGCAAUGAUUGUUUGGUUUACUGUCAACCUCGUAACAAUUCUAUUGGUCAUUAUAUUUGCAAUGAAAUGGGACAGAAACUGUGCCUUGAUAAAUGGAUGGGAGAAAAUUGCACUAAAGAAAAUUCUUCGAACAUCCAUCCUUCAUCUAUAAAUAGUGCUUCCAUAGGUCCUUCGCAUUUGUCUUCUACUAGUAACGGUAUCCAUACUAUACCAUCAUCCCCAUCCUUCACUAGUCGUAAGCAACACUAUCACACCGAAACAACGAAAUCAUUAGCUAAGCUGAGCAAAUCAAGAAACUUCUGCUCGUCUCCAAUUUCCUCAACUCUAAAUAAGAAUAUGAGAACAGUCUCCAUCGAAAUAAAGCCAUCUGAUUAUGAUCCCAUAUUAUCAGUAUCAACCUCUGACAAUGGAUCCAAAUUACCAGUGUCAAUCUCUGACAAUGGCCCCAUAUUAUCAGUAUCAACCUCUGAGAAUGGUCCAAUAUUACCAGUAAUAACCUCUGACAUUGGUCCCAUAUUAUCAGUAUCAACCACUGACAAUGGUCCCAUAUUACCAGUAUCAACCNCUGACAAUGGUCCCAUAUUACCAGUAUCAACCUCUGACAAUGGUCCCAUAUUACCAGUAUCAACCACUGACAAUGGUCCCAUAUUACCAGUAAUAACCUCUUACAAAGGUCCAAUAUUUCCAGUAUCAACCACUGACAAUGGUGCUGUAUUACAAACAUCUUUAGUAUCGUCAACUCACAAUGGUCCUGAAUGGCUUACUCUGUCUAUAGACAGAAAUAUAACGUCACCAACUGCAACUGUACAUUCUUCGCAUUCAACAAGUAUCAAUCAUACUUGUUUCGUAUCAUCUGCUCAAUCAACAAAAACAACACAACCCUUGGGUCCAACUCUCAGCAAUUCUUAUGACAAGGCAAAAGUCUCAUCGACAAUUACAACGAAUGAAAUAGAGGUCCCAUCUCCAACAGAUAAAGCUCUUUCUUCUCUCGCAUCAAAGGAAAGUGACUGCAGAUCUGCGGCAUURGACGACGAUGCGCUCAAACUAACCCCCGUAUUCAUGGAGAUUGAGAUGUUCGAGCCAGAUGGCAGAGAAAAUGUAAUUGCACGAGUAAAACCUUGUAUCUUGUUUAAAAUCAAUGAAUAUUGUAAAAGGGAGAGAGAAAUCUGUAACAUCCCUAACUGCUGGAAGAACAUUAGCAGGGUACUAUUUGGAAGAAGACAAUUAGUUGCUGAGAUAACAAACAAUCAGGCCGAAGACCAAUCAAAAAUGACGCUCCAGAUGAUGGCCAAAUUACCUGGUGUAAGUAAAGGAAUCAUACCACCUGUUGUCUUGUUAGAAAUUUUAAACUCUGCGGUAAGCGAUAUCGAUAAAGCAUGUGACGUGCACGUACUUCGUGUUUGGAUAGAAGAUACAACAGACAUUCCAAGCUCAGGACUCCUCAAGAACUACUCACAAAGCACUAGCGACAACUCAAGAGCGUUGGCUUUUAUUGCUGUUGGUGCGUGUUCUGUCGUUGCCAUGGUUAUUGUUUUUGGAAUAUUAUGCCAUCGAUCGAGAAACAUUCRCUCCAGAAGAGUCAAAGUCAACCCUUUAAUAGACGACGAUUCCACYCCUCCAGACUCUCCUGACAUCMCYGUCGCCGAUAAAACACRCCUACUUAGAAAACAAGAAUUCCAAAAAUCGAAGACAUCAUCUCAGUUGACGAAUGAAGAAUUAGAGCUCACAAGUAGAAUUCCUGGUUCGGUUACGUAACCAUGUGACGAAACRAAAAUUAACAUAUAAUAAUGCAUCGAAAUAGUCAGUUUUAAUCUCGUUUGGAUACGAAUGAUGAAUAGGAAAGAACAUGCUUGCUAUGUGCUUUGAUAAAGCACGCGCUAUCGUUUAGGUUUUUUUUCCCCCAGAAUGAGAAUUUUAUACUUUACAUCACUAUUAAGAAAUUUAACUGGGAGGAGCAGAAGAAAGCAACCCAAAAGGAUUAAGAGAAUAACUUUCAAAUAAAAACUUACAAGGGGCUGCAUGGCUAUAAUUUGCGAACUAAACUUCAACAAUAAAAUUCCAUCUUCUUUAUUAUUUUU